AUGCCAGCUGCCGACCGACCGAAGCGGAAUCGCAAUCCAGUCAACCGCGACCCAUCCCCAUCAUCCAGAAAAGCACCAGAGCCAACAAAAUCUACAGGAUCUUGGGCGCCUUCGAGGAUACUCACUCGAACAUCCGCCGUAGCCAAAGCCGACGUUCAAGCCUUUCUCCUGACAUGUAUCACCGGCUGGGACGGCUACAGCCGCGACGAGCAACGCAGAAUCAUUGACACGCUCCCGAAAGACCGCCGACUUUACGUGGAAGUUCCGGUGACCGGCAAGUAUGCCUGUCCUCUCGAUGCAGGCUUUGUUGCCACCGACUCGCACCUGAAACGAGCUAUCGCCAGAUUCAAGACCGACAUCUCAGAAGGCAAUUACACUCCAUCAUGGCAGGACAAGGCCCAGCAAGCAAUGAAGGAGCGUGCUGAGGGUCGUUUUGAUGACUAUGUGAAACAGCAUGCUGAAGACAUGUUUGGUGAUGGUGGGAACGAUAGUAAUGGUGGAUCUGUCAAGGAUACUGAGGAGAACAACGAUUCCUCUGCUCGCAACCAGCAACAGCAACAGGCCCAUUCCUUGCAAGACCACUCCAGCGAUGGUGAAUGGGGCCCAUCGGCCAAGUAUGCCGGAAGCCAGUCCCGGAGACAGGGGUACAAACGGAAGAAAGCAAAGCAAGAUCAUGACUUGAGUCAAUCCACUGUACCUGGUGAAAGCCAAGGCUCUCGCUCCAGAACAACCACGCCAAUGAAUGUGGACGUCGAUAAGGCAGCGUGA